ACUCGUAAAUGCAGAACCACAAAAUUGAAAUAGCUCGGAUCUGAAAAGUGAAUAAGUAGAUGCCAGAGGGGAGUGAGUCACGAGCACAUGAGUUGUAAGAGGUUGAACUUGAGAGACCAGAUCAGGCAUUGCUGCUUAACACCAUCACAUGAUCCGCCCCAGGCCCUGUAUUUAAUUAAAAUGAAGAGUGGGGCGCAGCAGAGGCCAGAAGCACACGCUCUUGCUCUUAGCGGAUGGGGCCACAGGAGUUAAAAGUUAAACCUUGAUUGCCUAAGUCUGUGAGAAUUCAGCAUGGAACGUCUCUGCUAUUUCCUGGGAUUUCUCCUUCUGGCUGCAAGACUGCCACUGGACUCCGCCAAACGAUUUCAUGAUGCACUGGGCAAUGAAAGACUUCCUGGUCAUGUGAGGGAGCACAACCAGUUGAAUGGCUGGUCUUCUGAUGAAAAUGACUGGAAUGAAAAACUCUACCCAGUGUGGAAGAGGGGAGACGAGAAGUGUAAAAGCUCCUGGAAAGGGGGCUGCGUGAAGGCAGUCCUGACCAGCGACUCACCAGCGCUGGUGGGCUCAAAUAUAACAUUUGUGGUGAACCUGGUAUUCCCCAGAUGCCAAAAGGAAGAUGCUGAUGGCAACAUAGUCUAUGAGAAGAACUGCAGAAAUGAUACCGGGUUAUCUGCUGACCCGUAUGUUUACAACUGGACGGCAUGGUCAGAAGACAGUGACUGGGGAAAUGGUAGCGGCCAAAGCCAUCAUCACAUGUUCCCUGACGGGAGGCCUUUUCCUCACCACCAUGGAUGGAAGAAAUGGAAUUUUGUCUACGUCUUCCACACACUCGGUCAGUAUUUCCAGAAAUUGGGACGGUGUUCAGCAAGAGUUUCUCUAAACACAGCCAAUGUGACACUUGGCCCUCAACUCAUGCAAGUGACUGUCUACAGAAGACACAGACGGGCAUAUAUUCCCAUCGCACAAGUCAAAGAUGUGUACGUGGUAACAGAUCAGAUUCCUGUAUUUGUGACUAUGUCCCAGAAGAACAAUCGAAAUGCAUCUGAUGAAACCUUCCUCAAAGACCUCCCCAUUACGUUUGAUGUCCUGAUUCACGACCCCAGCCACUUCCUCAAUGAGUCUGCCAUUGACUACAAGUGGAACUUCGGGGACAACACUGGCCUGUUUGUUUCCAGCAAUCAUUCUUUGAAUCACACGUAUGUGCUCAAUGGAACCUUUGACCUUAACCUCACUGUGCAAGCUACAGUGCCUGGACCUUGUCCACCACCAUCACCCAGACCUCCAAAGCCCACCUCUUUAGCAACUACCCUAAAACCGUAUUCAAGUGCCCCAGUACCUGCUAGUGAUGACUCCCUGGAGCAGAGUGAGAUUCUUGAUGAAAACUGCCAGAUCCACAGAUACGGCUACUUUAAAGCCACCAUCACGAUUGUAGAGGGAAUCCUAGAGGUUAACAUCAUCCAGAUGACAGACGUCCCGAUGCCCGAGCCACAGCCUGACAACUCCCUAGUCGACUUUGUUGUGACCUGCCAGGGGACCAUUCCAACCGAGGUCUGUACCAUCAUUUCUGACCCCACCUGCCAGAUCGCUAAGAAAGCAGUCUGCGACCCCGUGCAAGUGGGCGACACGUGCCUGCUAACCGUGAGAAGAGCCUUCAGCAGGUCUGGAACGUAUUGUGUGAACCUCACUCUGGGUGAUGACACAAGUCUGGCCCUCACGAGCACCCUGAUCUCUGUUCCUGGCAGAGACCCAGCCACCCCUCUAAGACUGGCAAAUGGCGCCCUGAUCUCCGUUGGCUGCUUGGCCUUAUUUGUCACUGUGAUCGUCCUCUUGGCAUACAAAAAACACAAGGAAUACAAACCAAUAGAAAAUAGUCCUGGAAACGUGGUCAAAAGCAAAGGCCUGAAUGUCUUCCUCAACCGUGCAAAGGUGGUGUUCUUCCCAGGAAACCAAGAGAAGGACCCACUGCUCAAGAAUCAACCAGGAAUUCUUUAAAUAUCAGCUUUAUUUCUGAAGCUCACUCUUCAGUGCCAUGUAUGUGAGCUGCGCUGGAGUGGAUGAUGAUUAACUUUUUUUCCCCAAAAGAUUAUUGUAAAAUAGAUAUUAUGGUUUAGGGAGGUUGAAUUUUUCAAUAGGUUAAAUGACAUUUUAGAGAAAUGCAGAGGGAUUAUACCACAGGCAGCCUUAGCCAUGUUGUAUAACUGAUAGAACAACUUAGCGCUUCCUUUCAUAACUUUGUAUGUUUCACUUAUAUUGCCUUAGGUGACUAGUUAGGGUAGAAAUAACAUGUCCCAGAGUAAGGGGAGAAGCUACUGUUCAUUAGAAUCUGACCCAGGUUGACUGGAAGGAGAGGCUGAAUACUUUCUAGCUUUCCAUAUAACCACAUGCAUAAAACCAAUGUAGCCCUGUCCUUAAGAUCCCGUUCCAAGCUGAGUCCUAUUUCAAUGAACAUGCAUGAGCUACUGACAGAACAGUAACAGACUCAAGCCUUCAGGGAGAUAUGCUUGCUUGUCAUAAUCAGAAAAAAUACUAAUCUAAUAAAUGAGUAUGAGUAUUUUGGUGACAACCUGCUCUGUCCAGCUGAGUAAAGAAAUGAUGUCCAUAAAUUCAUUUAUUCAGCACUUUCUGUAUUAUACCAGGCAUGAUGCUAAGUUCAUGGUCCCUGCACCCAGAGAGUCGAUAUUCUUAUGUUUAUAUCUGAAUUUCUGUACCCUCUGGUGCAUAUAUUUGAAAUCAUAUAUUGUGAUUUCCCAAAGGAAGCCCCUGGUUUUCCUACCAGUUUCUCUAUUUAAAUGCUAUGGAAACUUGAUCAGUAAGGAUUUUACCACCAUUUAUAACUAAAACCUCUACCAUAGGUUAGACAUGACAUUCUUUUUCUCUCCUUCCUGAAAAAUAAAGUUUGGGAAGAGACAAGACUUCAGUAUUCUAAUUAUUUCUUCCAAUUUAUCGUUUGCCUUUCAAUUUCAUGUAUAGUUUUUGAAGGAUAAAAAGUUGUUUAAUGACACCUUAAAGAGCAUUGAUAAUUCCAUAAAUCUUUCUACUUUAAAAUAUAUGUAUGUGAAAUUUCAAUUAAAAGUUUAAAUAUAUAAAUGCAGAUAAUCAGACCAAUCUAAAAUGAGAGACUUUUCUAUAAGCAAUUGCCCUGGACUCUUUGAACAGUCAGUAUCAUAUUAAAAAUAAAGAUGGGAGGGGAAUUCUAGGUCACAGAUUGGCAAACUGUUUCAGUGAAGAGCCAGGUAUUAAAUAUUUUAGGCUUUGUGGGCCACACAGUCUCGGUUGCAACUACUCAACUCUACCAUUAUAGCAUGAAAACAACCACAGACAUUGUAUAAAUGAAAAAGCAUGGCUGUGUUUCAGCAAAAACGUACUUACAAAAACAGGUGGUAGACCAGAUUUGGCCCAUGGGAUGUAGUUUGUCUGUUCUGCACUAAUAGAGAUUAAAUAGACACAGCAACCAAAUGCAAUUUGAAAGUCUAAAUUGGAUCUUAGCUUGGGGAAAAAAACCAGCUGUGAAAGAUAUUCUUGGGACAACUAGGAAAAUUUGAAUACACUGGAUACGAGAUGAUAUUAUAAAAUUAUUGUUAAUUUUCUUAAGGGAUGGUGAAGGUAUUGUGGAGACCAACAUUUAGUUUAGUUCCUUCACUCCCUAGAUGUCCUAGAGGCCAAAAAGAAGCUAUUUGUUCUGAAAUGGCCUCCAAAAAAUACAAAAUUUGCAGAACGGGAAUUGUGAGACUUCUCCCCAGUUAUAUGAUGGCUGUAGGGCAGUGGUUCUCAACCAGGGAUGAUUUUGUUCCCCAGGGAGGGGACAUUUGGCAGUGUUUGGAGAUAUUUGUUGUUGUCACAACUAGGGAGGGGUACUCGUGGCAUCCAGUGGGUAGAGGCUGGUAGUAUUGCUCAACAUCCUAAAAUCUGCAGGACAGCCCCACAACAGAGAACUGUCUGGCCCCAAAUGUCAGAUCGCUGCUAUAGGAUAAUUGCAGCAGCCUUAGUCAUGGACAUAAAGACAGAAGACUUGGAUUUGAAUCCAGCUCUACCACUUAAAGCUGAGUAACCCUAGGGAAGUUAUUUGAAAUUUGGCCUUUGUUGAGCCUUUCCUUGCUCAGUCACCUCAUCUGCAAAGGGGUUUGUGGUCCCUCCCUGGCUUCCUUCACAGGGCUGCUACACAUCCAUCUACCAGAAUGAAUGGAUGUGAGAGCACUUUGCAUAUGGCACAGUAGUAUGUACUCCAUGGGAGGCCCGAGGCCAGAGGCAGUAUGGAGAGGCUUUACCUAAAGCAGAAAAGUAAUUUCAAGUUGCAGCAGAAUCACCCCGGGGUUUGUUUAAAGCACAGAUUGCUGAGCCCCACCCCAGAGUCUCUGAUUCAGUGUUCUCAGUCGUGUGGGGUGGAGCCCCAUCAUUUGGAUUUCUAACAAGGUCCCAGGAGAUCCUAGGACCUAACUGAGAAAUGUUGGUCUUGAGAUCUGCCUUUCCCUUCUCACAUCAGCAGGGGGUAGCGGAGAGCAGCAAAUACAGAGUCAGUCACCAAGGAAGUAGGUGGAAUCCUCAUCAAACCUCCCUCAAUUUCAAUCUAACAAAUGGAAGGGGAGCGGACUGAAAUGGUGGAUUAUUUAGAUUUAUAUUCUCCAUAUGGCCCUAGCAACAAGUCAGUGAACAUCUGCUGAAUCACUAAAAUGGGGGAAAUAACCUAAAAGGGGGAUGACUUGAUUAAUGUUUGCUGAGAAUUAGAACUUCCAAAGAAAAUUGAAAUGUGUAGGUAAUAAAUUAUUCCGGGAAUUCCUUAUUCCCAGGACUUUUUAUAAAUGUCUACAUUUUGAACACUUCUGACUCAUUUAUAAACAGUGAUUGCCCUUAUUGAAUUUUCAACUGUUUAUUGGCUUAGAGGACAAUACGUUCAAUUGCAUUUGUUACAUCUAGAAUGUACGGGUAACUCCAAACCCAAGUGACAGCCUAAGGGCAGACUAGAAAACAGUCACCCAAGGGGUGGAGGUGGCCACCUUCUGAUGGGGCUUCUGAUGGGAGACAAUCCUUUAAGGUUUUGUCAAAGAGUGCCUCCAAAGCUGCUGAAUAGGCACCCUAAAAAUUCAGAGGUCCACUUCCAGGGAUCACCCCUUGCAGACUGAUUUUGAUCAUUCAACUAUCAUUUCCUGAGCUCCAGUAUGUCCCAGGCUCUGGUCUAGGGGAGGACACAGUGGUUAGUGACAAGAGAGACAAGGACUCUGUGCUCAUGGAGCUUGGAUUCCAGACUAAUGCAACAUGUCACCACCCAAGUGUCACUGCAGUGAGCGUGCAAACCUCUGACCCAGAGCUCCCCAUCCUGGUCAACCCCACUAGACCCAGCUUCAUCUGCAGGGAUGAUUCCUCUGCCACUUAUCACUGAGCGGCCAUUCUUUUUUGUCCUCGAAAUUCUGAGAUAAAUUUGCUUUGGAGCUCCUCUAUAGGCAUUUUUGAAUUUUGGUGCCUUAAUGGUAUUUUAGUAUUUAACCAAUUUUCAUUCCAUGUAUAAUUUUCUCACCUCAUUAAUCAAAAUGUCUCUUGGAUUUACAAUGUAAUUGCUAUUAUUAAUUGCAUUGUACAGGUUUUAAUUAUAUAAAUUAAAUAUCAAGAUUUAAUUUUAAGAUGUUUAUUAAAAUAAAUUCCUUUAGGGUGAAAAAAGAUUAGCUGCUGAUGAGAAUGCGGCAGAAGGAUGUGGCUGUGCAUACGGAUUUGAAAUUUAGUUUUUGGAAUUGAGUAGAGGAAGGUAGAUAGGACCUGAGAGAGACCUGAGCCCCAGCCUGGUAUGGUCACUCACUAGCUCAGUGGCCUGAAGGCAGUCAUUGUCCUUCUCUGCACCACUGCCUCAUCUAUAAAAUGGAGGCAAGGAGGAAGAGAGGGAGAUUAAACUGGAUGAACUCUGAAGUCUCCAGGUGCUAAUGCUCUACUGUGCAAAAUGGGGAGGAUAAUAUUACCCAAUUUCAAUUUCAAUAUUACCCUUACAGAGAUAUCCAGAGGAUUACAUUCUAAAUCAUGGGUUGGAAAACUAGUUUACUUUCCAAAGCCAGUCCCUUUGACUGUUUUUGUAUGGCGUACAAGCUAAGUAUGGUUUUUAUGUUUUUUUAAUGGUUGGGGAGGAAAAACAAGAGUACUAUUUUGUAACAUCUAAAAAUUAUAUAAAAUCCAAAUGUCAGUGUCUAUAAAUAAAGUUUUAUUGGAACACAGCCAUGACCAUUCAUUGACAUACUGUUGGCCACUGCUUUUGCAUUAUAUAGGCAGAGUUGAGUAGUUGUGACAGACUCCAUGGCCUGCAAAGGCUAAAAAUAUUUACUAGCUGCCCCUUUCCAGAAUGAGUUUGCUGGUCUGUGUUCUAAAGCAUGUUGGACACCAUUCUAAACUGAAUUGGGAAAACAAGAAUUAUUCGGAGAACUUCAAUGACAUGAGAUAUGAUCUUCCUAAUUGAGUAUUUUGAGCUCUUACCUUCAAUCUCAAAUACCUAUCAAAUAAGGAUACAAAGAAAAAAUAUUUUGGUACAACUGUACAAUAUGUUUAUGUUUUAAGCUAAGUGUUAUUACUAAAGAGUAAUGUUAUUCUGAAAUGAUGACAAAUGCUGUAUUAUGUGACAUAGUAAGUGUGUAUUAUCAAUGAAUUGCUAUGUGGGGAUAUCAUAAAUGACCUUUCUGAAGGAAAAAAAAUCUAAGAAUCCUCUCAGGAGAGAAAAUACAUGUAGGAGAGUCACAACAUGAAGAACCAAGUGGCGGAGGCUUUCAUACGUCCCCAAAAGCGUGAACCAUAAAGAAGAAGAUUAAUAUGUCUGAUUAUGUUGCAGUUUUAAAGGUCUGUAUGAAAAAGACACCACAAACUUCUUGUUUAAAAACAAAGAGCCACAGAAUUCCUAUAAACUGCUGGUGGAAAUGCAAAAUGGGACAACCACUUGGGAAAACAGUUCAAUUUCUUAUUAAAUUAAACACACAGGUACCAUAACUCCUAGGCAUUUGCCCAAGAGAAAUAAGACAUACAUUCACACAAUGACUUGCACUCAAAUGUUCAUAAUAGUGUUAUUUGUAAUAGCCACAAACUGCAAAUAGCCUAAAUUUCCACCAACUGGUGAAUGAAUAAACAAAUGUUAAUAUAUCCAUA